AUGCCAUUGUUCAUUCCUCUCAGUCCUCAGCAGUUGAAGGCGGCCGUGGGCUGCAUGGACAAACUUAGUCCAGGAUUGCCUCUGCCUGUGACUUCAAGUUUCUCAAAUGACACUGAUUCUUCAGACAGCCUGAAUCCUGACGGAUGCUGCCGCCACUGCCGCCACUACCGCUCUCCUCAGCGAAGGCCUGUCCGCAGCGGGCAAAAGGUCUGGCUCGUCCGGUUGGAUAUCAGCAUUCGCUUUAGCCCCCAAGCCAUUGUGAUCUCGCCCGGGGAUCCUGCAGGAAGCCGGGGGCCCCUCGCCUCCCCCGGCGCUGGGUCAGUUCGCCAAAGCCAAAGCCUGUUAGAGUUCGCUGGCGCUGGCCUGGCUGUCCCCCCGCUGCACACCGAGUCUCAGCGCUUCCAGGCUCGUUAG